AUGACAUUCCGACGUCCGUCACGGCGCAAUGAUUUCGAAAUCGCCUUCAUAUGUGCCCUCGAUGUCGAAUUCGAAGCACUGUGUCUCGUUGUCGAAGAGUUCUGGGACGAAGGAGAGAACGUGUACGGCAAAGCAGAAGGAGAUGCCAACAACUACCGCACUGGGCGCAUUGGCAAACACAACGUCGUCCUGUUGCUGUUGUCAAGUAUCGGAAAAGUCUCCGCGGCCAAUGCGGCAUCCAGCCUUCGCGCAAGCUUCCCCAGGCUACGGCUGGUCGCUCUGGUGGGAGGUUGUGCGGCGGCUCCUCGAAGCAACGGUGCCGAUAUUCUGCUUGGCGAUGUCAUCAUCAGCACUGGGGUAAUUCAAUAUGACCUGGGCACCAAGCAUCCAGGACAAUUCGUUCGCAAGAACAGCGUCAAGACCAGCCUGAGCAAGCCGCAUAAGGAGGUCGCAAACAUCUUGGCUGCCCUCCAAGUGUCCACGAUGAAAAACAACAUCACUGGAAGAACAUCAAAUUUGCUCGUGAACUUGCAGGCCAGUACCGCCAUGCUUGGAUACGGCAUUAAAUAUCAGUAUCCGGGUAUCCGGGAGGACCAACUUUUUGAAGCGACUUAUCCUCAUAAACAUCACAACACCGACUGCAGUAUAUGCAAUAAGUCUGCUGAUGCCGUGUGCGACACUGCGCUACACACGUCCUGUGAAGAAUUGAGAUGCCAAAACCAUCAGUUGGUGCACCGCAAGAGACUUGAUGAGAAAUUGUCAUCAUGCCAAACAGGUGCUAUGUCGCAUCAAAAUCCAGCGAUAUGGUUCGGCACAUUCGGCUCGGGCGAUACGGUGAUGAGAUCCGCUCGUGACCGGGACAGGAUCGCUUCCCAAGAAAACAUCAUUGCCUUUGAAAUGGAGGCUGCUGGGAUAUGGGACGAAGUCCCCAGCAUUGUGAUCAAAGGAGCCUUCGAUUAUGGGGACUCGCACAAGAAUAAACGAUGGCAGGCGUUUGCUUCAGCAACGGCUGCCUGCACCGCGAGGGCAAUUAUAGAGCAACUUGCCUGGACGGAUAGGGGUGAAGUGAUGAUGUUUACUCAAGGUAAAUUCAAACCAUGCCUGGCCAGCGCGAGAAGCCCUUUAGCCCCUUGGCUGACAUAA